UAUUUACAGCAGUUCACAGCCCACAUGUACAGCAGUUCACAGCCCACAUGUACAGCAGUUCACAGCCCACAUGUACAGCAGUUCACAGCCCACAUGUACAGCAGUUCACAGUCCACAUGUACAGCAGUUCACAGUCCACAUGUACAGCAGUUCACAGCCCACAUGUACAGCAGUUCACAGCCCACAUGUACAGCAGUUCACAACCCACAUGUGCAGCAGUUCACAGUCCACAUGUACAGCAGUUCACAGGCCCAUGUGCAGCAGUUCACAGCCCACACAGUUCACAGCAGUCACAGUCACAGGCCAUGUACAGCAGUUCACAGUCCACAUGUACAGCAGUUCACAGCCCAUGUACAGCAGUUCACAGCCCACAUGUACAGCAGUUCACAGCCACAUGUACAGCAGUUCUGAUCCACAUGUACAGCAGUUUACAUCCACAUGUACAGCAGUUCACAGCCCACAUGUACAGCAGUUCACCCAGGCACAUGUACAGGUUCACUGCCCACAUGUACAGCAGUUCACAGCCCACAUGUACAGCAGUUCCUCUUGCUGUGGGUGUAUUUUAUUUUCCAGUUGGUUUCGACCAUUUCCAAGUGCUUCGAGCGAUCGGGAAAGGCAGUUUUGGGAAGGUAUGUAUCGUGCAGAAGAGGGACAGCAAGCAGAUGUUCGCUAUGAAGUACAUGAACAAGACGCAGUGUGAAGCUCGGGACGCCCUCAGCAAUGUUUUCAGGGAGAUAGAGAUAUUGGCUUCUCUUAACCAUCCCUUCCUCGUUAACUUGUGGUUCAGUUUCCAAGACUCGGAAGACAUGUUCAUGGUGGUUGACCUCCUUUUGGGGGGUGACCUGAGGUAUCACGUCCAACAGGGUGUACAGUUCACUGAUCAGGUCGUGAGACUGUACAUACUGGAGGUAGCUUCAGCCGUGUCUUACCUCCACGCUAGGAACAUUAUACACAGAGACAUCAAGCCCGACAACCUGCUCCUGGACGAGGAAGGUCACGUUCAUCUCACAGACUUCAACAUCGCCACGGUUCUCCGGCCUGGACAGGUGGCCACCUCUAUGUCUGGCACUAAGCCUUAUAUGGGUGACCCCGAAGUGUUCGAAUGUGUGGCGGACACAUGUGACGGCUAUAGCUAUGAGGUAGAUUGGUGGUCGGUGACGGCGUAUGAGGUGAGACGAGGAAAGAGGCCCUAUGACAUACACUCCAACACCUCCCUUCAUGAGAUACGGAUGAUGUUCCUACAGGUGCCCUCCUUCCCCACCUCCUGUCAUCCUGGCCUCGCUCACAUCAUCUCCAAGCUACUGACGGUGACGCCCAAAUGGCUUGCAUCACCAAACAGAGGACCUGACAGUAAGCCUGCCUUCACCCCCCAGAAGGAUCACCUGAACUGCGACCCGACCUUUGAACUGGAGGAGAUGAUAAUAGAAUCCCGGCCCCUACACAAGAAGAAAAAGAGACUCUCCAAACAAAAGAGCAUCAGGGAUACUCACACCUCUAUAUCAGGCACUACGGAAGCGGAAGCCGUGGUCUACAAGGAGAUGCUGGUGUUUAACAGGGAACUGGAACAGGCGAGGAGAGAGAGGGAGAGACGAGAGCAGGAGUGGCAGGCGGAGCUGGAGGAGUCUAUGAAGAUGUCAGACCCUACAGGACACGGUUGCAACUUCGCCGGCUCCAACACCAGCACCCCCAUCAAGCGCCGCACCAAGUCGUGUAAGGGCGGGGUAGAGAAGCGACACAGGGACGACCGCCACAAGCAGGAGGGACGAGCAGCCUCUACACCCUCCACGUCCUCGUCUGUAUCCUCCCUCCUCGUCUCCCCAACGGACAGGACGACGCUACCCAAGAUUGCUGUGUCGCCCUCAAACGUGAAGGCGAGGAUUGCUGGCUCCCCUAAGGUCAAGGUACGAGGCACGACAGUCACCAUUGAGUCUCCUCGCUCCUCCUCCAGUCUCACCAAGAGCAGCACACAGCAGCUCAAGGAGCGUCUGAAGGAGCUAAAAGCAGACCAACACCGCCACGGAGACUCGGGGUCAGAUACUGAGUGUUCUGACGUCACCCAAAGCGAUGACCUCACACUCACCGGUCGUAGGUCACUCUCCAAGUCCCCCGGCAGGUCUACAGAGAGGUCAGCUAGCAAGUCUCCAGAGAGGUCAGAGAGGAGGUCAGCCAGCAAGUCUCUAGAGAGGUCGCCUAGUAAAUCUCCUGAGAGGUCAGAGAAGAGGUUAAGUAAUAAAUCUCCCGAGAGGUUACAGAGAUCAAGUAGAAAGUCUUCCGAGAAGUCACAGAGGUCAAGUAGAAAAUCUUCUGAGAGGUCACAGAGGUCAAGUAGUAAGUCUCCCGGGAGGUCAGAGAGGAAAUCAUCAUGUGGGUCGUUCAGCAGGUCUCAGGGUAGGUGGUCCAGGACCUCCAGUGGCUGGUCAUUGAAGAAGGAGGUACAGAAUACCUCCCUCAUGUCUCAGGACGAGGGAAGUGCUGAGGCCGAGGUCUUUUUCUCUUCCUCCUCCUCCUCCCUACAGUACCAACCCCCUCCACCUCCUCCCUCUAGCUCCUCUUACUCCUCCAUCAGUCAGGACAGGAGAGGAGAGCCAACAGUUGUCAGGCCGGUGUCACUCCCCGCGGCGGUCCAUCACGAUUUCCAGCAGUUCUCCAACAAGAGGGUCUCGGCGCCUCCCUCCACCACCAGCAGGAGCACCAUUCAGGAGUCCGUCAGGUCCACACAACACCAAAAUAUCUCAAAAUCCAAAGAAAAAAUUACAGAAAAACGUAGAUCCUUGAUAGACCAAAGACUCUCAAAAUCCAAGGAAGACUCGGCACAGAGUCUUCCAAAGCCUCACGAAUCACAAGUCGGUGGAGACGACCUGCAGAAGGCUGUGUUGACGAAUGGGUGUCUCGCCUCGAUUCGGAGUUCAAGGAAGUCCUCGGAAGUCCUGGACCCCAAGUUGGAGGGUCGAGUCUCUGAGCGUAAGACCACAGCGGCGGAGCAGAGGAGGAGACACUCAAUGGAGCCUCGUAAAAGGUCGACUGAACGAAGCAAAAGAUUAUCAGAAGGUCACAGAAGCUCCUCAGUGUCGAGUAAGACGGACAUACACGGCCAGAACAACUCCUUCGACCUUCCAGAGAAACCUUUUAAACCUGUAGACGUCUGCAAAAAAUCCUCGGUAACAAAGAAGAGAAAUUCGAGUGUGUCCAGAAACUCGUUUGAGAUGGAGAAGACGACCGAAGCUGGUAGUGAAUCGCCAGACAUUAGGAAAAAGUCGUCGUUAGUAAGCAGCAAGAGACUCUCACAGGACUCAAGAAGCUCAGUCGAGGUGGAGAAGACGACCGAAGCUGGUAGGGAAUCGCCAGACAUUAGGAAAAAGUCGUCGUUAGUAAGCAGCAAGAGACUCUCACAAGACUCAAGAAACUCAGUCGAGGUGGAGAAGACGACCGAAGCUGGUAGGGAAUCGCCAGACAUUAGGAAAAAGUCGUCGUUAGUAAGCAGCAAGAGACUCUCACAAGACUCAAGAAACUCAGUCGAGGUCGCAGAGAAGGAGACAGCAGGCACCAACACUCACUCUCCCGGCGCUGGGAAGAUGGCGUCCCUCAGCAGAAAGAGAGACUCGGGGCCCUACAAGACUACGUUCAGUAUUCAAGUGAACACAUCGGAAACUAGUAAUAAGUACUCACCUCCCGUAGGUACUGAGGCGUCUGGUAGCUGUCAACACUCAUCAGAAAUCGAAAGGAACUCACUCAAAGACCCUAAGACCCCACAAGAAACUCCAGUCAAACCUUCACCUGAAAAUCUCAAGUCAUCACCAGGCGACGGUAAACAGGGCUGCUCAGUAACCAACACGAUAUCCUGCGAGAGUAUUGACGACACCUCUGACAUUCACCAGAACUUAUCCGAAAUACACAAGAGCGAAACCCGGAAGAGUUCAACCGGAUCUCAUGAGUCUGGGAACAAUGCGAGUGACGAAGGGAUUGAGAUGACGUGCUGAGGGGGGCCACGCACACACACGUCUGUUGGUGAGAGAGGAACACCUUCGUCACCCACCCAGUGUAACUCACCUCUUGAUGUUUUGGUCUACACACUAGUUACAAGUAAACACAUUUGACUGUCUUUAUAGUGAGAAAAAAAAAAUAUUCAGCUAAAAUUUGUAGAAGUUUGUAUUGCUGUUAUUACUUUUGAUAUACUGUAGUGUCCUUAGGUGUUACCUGAUAUUACACACACACACACACACACACA